UUUUUUAUACACUGAUCAUAAAAAAAGAAGAUUAAAAAAUGGCAGAGAAAAACGAUCUCUUGGGAAGUUUCCUGAGCUGCCAUGUUUGUUCAGAGACUUUCAAAGAUCCUGUGUCUCUGAGCUGCAGCCACAGCUUCUGUUCAAGCUGCCUGCAGAAGUUCUGGGAACAAACUGGAAACAAGAACUGUCCUGUUUGUAGAAGAAGAGCCUCAAAGGAACAUCAGUCUGUUAACAUGGCCCUCAAAGAACUGGCUGAUUCAUUUGCUAAGAUGCAGACUAACAGCUCAGCUGAGAUGGACGAAGAUAAGAAAAAGAAAAAGGAGGUGGUGUGUGAGAAACACUCAGACGUUCCUUAUUGGUUCUGUGAAGACGAGCAGAGAGCUGUGUGUCCUGUCUGUGAGUUUUCUCUCCACCAGAAGCACAAAGUGGUUCCUGUAGAACAAGCAGUCAGAGAGCUGAAGGAGCAGCUGAGAUCUGACUUAAAGUCUCUGCAGGACAAGAGGAACAAACACAAACAUGUGGAGGAAACWUACAAUGAUGUGAUCCAACACUCCAAGAAGCAGCUGCUGUCCACAGAGACACAGAUCAGAGCAGAGUUCAACAAGCUCCACCAGUUCCUGAGAGAGGAAGAGGAGUCCAGACUGGCAGCUCUGUCUGUCUGAUGAUCUGACCAGUGUGAGACGUGGAGAAACCAAGCAGCAGCUUCCUGACAAUCCAGAGAGAAACACUUAUUCUACAGAUGUUUUUGGUUCUGAGGGCUUCAGCUCAGGGAAACACAGCUGGGAGGUGGAGGUGGGAGAUCAUCCUGACUGGCGAAUUGGUUUGGUUAAAGAGUCAGUCGACAGGAAGGGAGCAUGUUCUGCUUUACCAGAAGAUGGAGUCUGGUGUUUAUGUCAUGGUGAUGGAGAAUACAAUGAUGUUGUUGCUAAAACUCUCAGUGUGACGAAGAGUCUCCAGAGGAUCAGAGUCCAGCUGGACUAUGACAGGGGGGAGGUGUCCUUCUACAACUCUGAAGACAUGAGUCUCAUCUACACUCACAGAGACACUUUCACUGAGAAACUGUUUCCUUAUUUUAGUGUUGGACCUGCUGGAGACGCCAAAACCUCUGAUGUUAAAAUCUGUGAGACUAAGAUUGUGUUUGGGUCAAAGGGAUUCUUUUAGAUUAUAGGCAGUGACUGUUUGGUUGUCGCAGUUAUUUUUUCCUCCUUUGUAAUUUCUUAUCAC